CCCAGCGCAGCCAGUGCAAAGCGGCCACCGCUCCCCAGCCGUGCGUCCAACCUUGCUGCAGCUCAGGCACCCGAGCGCGCGGGACUCCGAGCCGCCUUGGGUCUCUCGGCUUCCUGCAGAGCGUACACCGUCCCCGGGAGGACUUCGGUGGCCGCCGACCGCAGCUAGUUGGCCGCUCCGCGGAGGAUUGGGGCCAACCCCAAGUAGCCCCCGCGGCCUCCCUGCCCGCCCAGGACCCGCGCGGCGCUCGCCGGGCACGGUCCCCUCCCCCCAGGUGGGGGUGGGGCGCCGCCGGCCGCCCCGCUCCGCAGCUUUGUCAUUGAUCCCAAGGUGCUCGCCUCGCUGCCGACCUGGCUUCCAGACUGGCUCGGCGGGACCUCGAGUCCUCGCCUGCGUCCUGCCCCCCAAACUGACAGGUGCUCCCUGCGAGUCGCCACGACUCCUCGCCGCUCCCCCGCGUCCCCACCCCCUCUUUCCUCCCUCGCCUCCCCCCCACCCCCGGCACUUCGGCACAGCUCAGGAUUUGUUUAAACCUUGGGAAACUGGUUCAGGUCCAGGUUUUGCUUUGAUCCUUUUCAAAAACUGGAGACACAGAAGAGGGCUCUAGGAAAAAGUUUUGGAUGGGAUUAUGUGGAAACUACCCUGCGAUUCUCCGCUGCCAGAGCCGGCCAGGCGCUUCCACUGCAGCGCAGCCUUCCCCAGGCUGGGCUGAGCCUCGGACUUGCCGCUUCCCCAGUGCCCGCCGCGAGUGAGCCCUCGCCCCAGUCAGCCAAAUGCUCCUCCUCGGCCUCCUCCUGCUGACAUCUGCCCUGGCCGGCCAGAGAACCGGGACUCGGGCUGAGUCCAACCUGAGCAGCAAGUUGCAGCUCUCCAGCGACAAGGAGCAGAACGGCGUGCAAGACCCACAGCAUGAGAGAGUGGUCACGGUUUCUGCUAACGGGAGCAUCCACAGCCCCAAGUUUCCUCACACGUACCCGAGAAAUACGGUGCUGGUGUGGAGGUUAGUUGCAGCUGAUGAGAACAUGCGGAUCCAGCUGACGUUCGACGAGCGCUUUGGGCUGGAAGACCCAGAAGAGGAUAUAUGCAAGUAUGAUUUUGUAGAAAUUGAGGAGCCCAGUGAUGGAAGUAUUUUAGGAUGCUGGUGUGGUUCUGGGACUGUGCCAGGAAAGCAGACUUCUAAAGGAAAUCAAAUCCGGAUAAGAUUCGUAUCUGAUGAGUACUUUCCUUCUGAACCCGGAUUCUGCAUCCACUACAGCAUCGUCACGCCACAAGUCACCGAAACCACAAGUCCUUCAGUGUUCCAUCCUUCAGCCUUGUCGCUAGACCUGCUCAAUAAUGCCGUGACGGCCUUCAGUACCUUGGAAGAGCUGAUUCGGUAUCUAGAGCCUGACCGGUGGCAGAUGGACUUGGACAGCCUGUAUAAGCCACCACGGCAGGUGGUGGGCAAAGCUUUUCUUUAUGGGAAAAGAACCAAAGUGGUGAACCUCAACCUUCUGAAAGAGGAAGUGAGACUCUACAGCUGCACACCUCGGAACUUCUCCGUGUCCAUUCGGGAAGAACUGAAGAGGACAGAUACCAUCUUCUGGCCAGGCUGUCUCCUGGUUAAGCGCUGUGGAGGGAAUUGUGCCUGCUGCCUCCACAAUUGCAAUGAAUGUCAGUGUGUUCCGCGUAAAGUUACGAAAAAGUACCAUGAGGUCCUUCAGUUGAGACCAAAAAUUGGAGUCAAGGGAUUGCAUAAGUCCCUCACUGACGUGGCCCUGGAGCAUCAUGAGGAGUGUGACUGUGUGUGCAAAGGAAACACGGGCGGGUAGCUGCAUCCUCCACAGCAGCGCCCUUCCCCACUGGCAUCCUGGAUCCCCCACUAGCAUCCCACGUCCCCACCAGCAUCUGCCACAGGGCUGUCAGAUGCUACCGUUGGCUGUGAUAAAGAUCUUACUCAUUGUCUCCAUCCAAAAUCUCAGUUGUCUACUUCAGCGGCCUUCCAUCUGCAGGACUGGAUAGUAUUCGGCAUGAAGAGGCACCAGGAGGAGUCAACAGUUACACAGUAGUGCUUUUUCGAGGACAGUCAAAGGGUGGAAGUGUUUGGAGAUCACUAGCAAGCUCCGGAGUGACAGCAUUUCUUUCGACACUGACAGCGUGCUACAAUUUAGUUGUCUUUACAUGGGCAAGUGAGAAAGCGAUGCCAACACAAGAAAAUGGUGGAAACGCACAGUUGAUCAUGAACAAUGCAGAAAAACUUGGAUUUUCCCUCAUGUUUGCAUAUACAAAUCUGAAUGGUGUAUGUUCUACAAACUCGCAUUUUAGAUAUAGCAGCUAUGUUGCUAUGAGUUAAAUGUGCUGAUAGAAAAGACUGGCUUUUCCACGCAUGGUAACUUCUCAGUGUUUGGAAGAAGAGAAGUUCAGUCAUGGUUUGGAGGAAGGAGCGCCCUUCCCAUUCCCUCCCUCUGAGGUGCUCUAUGUGUUUCAUUGUGUACAUUUUUAUAUUCUCCUUUUGACAUUAUAACUGUUGGCUUUUCUAAUCUUGUUAAAUAUUUCUAUUUUUACCAAAGGUAUUUAAUAUUCUUUUUUAUGACAACAUAGAUCAAUUAUUUUUAGCUUGAUAAAUUUUUUUCUAAACAGAAUUGUUAUAGCCAGAGGAACAAAGAGGAUAUAUAAUCUUGUUGCUCUGACAGAAACACAUGUAUUUCCUUUCUGUAUGAUGCUAGAGUUCAGAAGAAUCAUCUGGAUUUGAAACAAUGGAAUGGGGAAGUCAAUAGAAUUGACAGGUAGCAGGGACAUUUUGAUAACACCCGAAUUAUUAUCAAUUCCCACUUCUGCUCUUAGAGAUGCAAAUUAAAUGGAACAUGUGUAUACACACACAUGGACUCAUGGCUAAUCUAACACUUUUUGCGGGAAAUAGGAGCGGAGCUCAGAGAAACACAGAGGCACCUUCCUGAAACAGAGCGACCACUGCCAGGGUCAGUGCUGUGCUGUGCUGUGCUGUAUGGACACAUCCUAUUUAUUGUGAUGCUAGGCUUUUACUACCUGUAAACUCUGCUCCAUACACCUGUGGGAAUACAUGGAUAUUUUUAUGUACAGAAGUAUAUCAUUUAAGGCGUUCACUUACUGUACUCUAUCAGUUGACAAGAAAAUCAGCAUUAUCAUUGCUUGUAAAAUGUUUAAAACUGUGCCUAGGUUAUGUGGUGACUAUUUGAGUUAAAAUGUAUUGAAUCAUCAAAUAAAAGAAUUUGGCUAUU